AUGCUUAAAUGUGGCAAGGAGGCAGGAGGAAUCGAGGCGUGCGAAGCGGACGAUCUCAAGCUUUCGCCGCCGGAGCAUGCGUGGUCACCGAUCCCACAUCCGAAGGAUCCGUCUGCGCAGUGGAUUCAUCAAGGGGAUGGCGCACUCGACUGCCAAGCAUCUCCGCAAUCGUUGCUUCCCGACGGUCGAUUCCACCUCGACGAACGAUCAUGUCCUGGUUGGACGAAAUACUGGCAGUCGGUCGAAGCAACGCGCAAAGAUUCCUCCCACGAGGCCCUGCAGAGCUUCGUCGUUACAGUGAAGCUCGACAAGAUCACGGCACCCUCCUCAAGCGACAAACCAGAGCAAGAGAUCAAGCAGUUCUGGGUGGGACACCUGCAUCUCGAAGAAUCGCGUGCUUCCUGGCCGCUCGCCGGAAACGCGCGAGACAGAAGGCCAGGUCAAGAGGACAGGACUUGGCAUCCCAAGGAUGUCAACCGCAUCGCGGGAGCUAUGGAGAAUCCGAUGAUUCCCAAAUCGUCACGGUUCGUCAACGAUCGCAAUUUUGGCGUGUUUGUAGAUCAGUCGGCAUGGACGUUGGGCGUACAGAUCAAGGUUCCGAUGAGCAUCACCAAUCCACGCGAUGAUGACGAUGACGAGCCGGAGGACGUUCACGAGAAGAUGAUCCUGCCUCCGGAGGAAGUCUUUGCUCCGGUGUCGGGUCAGAUCGUCUGGGCGAGGGAGCAUACUUUCCGACGACCGCCGAUCUACGGUCCUGCUGCGGGGGAGAAUGACGAGAGGAGUUUCUGUGUCAUGAUUCGGGACGAGUGGUCGAUCGUGUACCAGAUCUUCGGUAUCGAUGGAUCCACCGUCAGCGUCAAGGAAGGCGAUACGGUGUUGAGAGGCGACGUGGUAGGGCAUGCUUUGAGGGAAGGGCUUUCGAUCGAGCCUCCGUCGGUGGAACCGCCUGCGGAUCAUGCUACUUCGAAACCGGAUCGCCAAGUCUCCUACUACCCGUAUCGGUAUCGAGCGCUCGAGGUGCGGGUUUCGCGACCAGAUGUCAGUUGGACCGAGUGGAAGUCACCGGACGAAGAAGGGUGGCAAUACUUCCAUCCACUGCACGCGUUCACGGAAGGCAAGAACUACCGAUCGAGCAUCACCCCCUACGGAUCUCCGACUCUAGUCUACUUUGCGAAACCUUCGACGGAUCCGCUGAACAUUCCUCCGAACGCCUAUGCCACGAGCAACGAUUUCUGGACACCGACGCUGCAAGGUCCGACGGAAGUGAUUGUCGGGUUCGAGUACUUCCAACAGACUCCCGGGGAUCCAGGCGAUGGAAUGGACAAUCUGGCGGUGUACGCAUUGGAUCUGGGGAUCAAGAAGAAGCUUGCGGGGCAGAGGGAGGUGCAGAGAGGGAUGGAGUGCGAUCUCGGUGGAGACACCGAUCCCACAGGUACAGCCGAAAAGGACAAGCGCUACUGGAGGAGCGUGUUCGAGCACUCCAAGUUGCCCAACAACUGGACUCCUCCCAGUCAGAGCAAAGAGGACGGCGGAUAUCGUUGGACGUCCAAGCUGUUCUCGCACUACAUGGCUGCGUUUUCGCACGGACGAUUCUUCCCAGAAAAAAUCACGAGUCAGUUUGACGAGAAGGAGAAGAGGCUCUACUAUUCGGCAAGCAGAACGACGAGGGGAGAGCCCAGGGUGGGUGGUGCGUUCAACGUUCAGAGCGUCAUAGAUCAGGAUGGCGAGGAGGGUGGAAGGGGCAAAUACAGGUUGGUCGUUAGGGCGAGGGAUUAUUGGGGCAAUGUUGGAUGUGUCGCUUCGGAUGUCUUGCUCACGUAA